AUGCCGAUUGAAGAUUACGAAGGCUAUCUCGAUCAGGACGAAGAGUUGAGUGAUCCCAAUGCGACCAUCGAUCCUGCCUGGGAAUUACAACAAAAAAAGACUUUCACUGCAUGGUGCAAUGCUCAUCUACGCAAAGUUAACGAACAGAUUGAGAGUAUUGAAAAUGACUUCAGAAGCGGUCUCAAAUUGAUGCGUCUACUGGAAGUGAUUUCUGGUGAGCAUCUUCCCAAACCGGACCGCGGGAAGAUGCGUUUCCAUAAAAUCGCCAAUGUUAAUAAAGCGUUGGAUUUCAUAGAAAGCAAAGGUGUUAAACUAGUAUCUAUUGGUGCAGAAGGUAUGCCAAUAAGUUGUUUUGACAGCCCUCAGAAAUCGUCGAUGGCAAUCUUCAAGGAUGGCCUUGCAUUUUGUGCAAUCAUUCAUCGUAAUCGCCCAGAGCUCAUUAAAUACAAUGAUCUGAACUCGCAACACGCGUUGCACAACUUGAACUAUGCGUUCGAUGUUGCCGAGAAACACCUGGAUAUUCCCCGCAUGUUGGAUCCUGAAGAUAUGGUUCAAAGUGCCAAAUGUGAUGAACGUUCGGUCAUGGCAUACGUUUCCAUGUACUAUCACAAAUUCGCUGGGGCUAGCAAUGUGAGUUUCGCAUUAACCAGAUUGUAUCUAGAUUGUCCAAAAUCAUAA